AUGUCCACUGGUGAACCAGAUUCAGCUGGUUCCCAUGGCAUAGGACGUGCAGCAGCACUAGGCGGGGGCUCCUCGACCACUUCCUCAACCACCUCGUCGCUGCCCGUGAUGGAGCCCCCAGCGAGUAUCAUAAUGAAAGCAAAGGAUGAGCCUGAUUGUGAUACGGAACGAAACGUAGACUCCAGUAUGGACAGCAGCGCACUAGCGACCUGUCUGUCGACGACGAUAUCGGCCCUACGGGCCAGUCGCAAUGUCAGCAACAACGAUGCACACCGCGGAAACAGUAUUGAUGACAACCUAUCGGACAACUCGGAAUCAACGACGCCGAGUUCAGCGGCCGCGCAGCUUCUCGAAAGCCUGAAAAACAACCUAAACAACAACAACAACUCUAGUGCAAUUAACAACAACAAUCCACUGCAUGCAAACAAUAAUAAUAACAACAACAAUAACAACGGAAACCGAAAACUAUUCGAAUGCGAUGUGUGCAAUAUGAAGUUCUCGAAUGGAGCCAACAUGCGACGGCACAAGAUGCGACACACUGGCGUUAAGCCGUACGAAUGUCGCGUCUGCCAGAAACGGUUCUUCCGCAAGGAUCAUCUAGCGGAACACUUUACUACGCACACCAAAACACUGCCCUAUCAUUGCCCAAUUUGCAAUCGAGGUUUCCAGCGACAGAUAGCAAUGCGUGCACAUUUCCAAAACGAACACGUGGGUCAGCAUGAUCUGGUGAAAACAUGCCCGUUGUGUAGCUACAGAGCCGGAACAAUGAAAUCUCUGAGGGUGCACUUCUUCAACCGACACGGAAUAGACCUGGAUAACCCAGGACCGGGCACACCAUCGUCUCUGCUAUUAGCACUGGAUCAACACAAUCCCGCUAACCUACUUCCGGCUUUGGCCGCUAUGAAUGCUGUCAAUGCGUUCAGCGAUUCGGGUGAUUCGAUGCGCUCCGUGGACAACGCCACACCUCCGAUGCACUUCCUGACACCCCACGUUGAAAUAUCGAUGGCAGACAACAACGAAGUAGCCCUGAACUGCAGUCGAGAUGGUCCAAAUGGGACUAGUAGUAGUACCAAUGGCCCAGGCAGCGGCGGAAACAAUGACCGGAACACACCGACCCCAUCGAUAUCGUCGGCACUGGACAUACAGGCGAUAGUGCGGCCACCGAAUGGUGGCUCCCCCUCGUCGCCACACUCCGCCGACUCCAACGCACCCUCCAGUUCCCACUCGUCCUCCAUGCUUCCAUCUCUAGUACAAAGCUCAAGGCAUAUUAUUUUUGAUAACUCUAUUACACCGUCAAUCAGUUUAAUUCCCAUCAAACAGGAACCAACAACAAAUGAUGAGUACAAUGAAACCAAACCACGGAGCAACAGCAGUGCGGAGAACCCGACGUCCAACAUAAGCAACUCGAGUGACAGCGUGACACCGUCCUCCAGUCUGACGUCGCUGAUUAAGGUAUCCCCUCUGAAGUCGCUCCUACGCGAAGAUCUCAAACGGCGAAUCUCGGCUCGGGCCACAAGUCGUGCCAGCCGCAACGGGCUGCUGACUUCGCCGAAUGCGGCCGGCGGCAGCCCUACGCCAAACAGUAGCAAUGCUACCUCCUCGCCGGCACCGGAGUGCGGUACCUCGUCCAGCAGCUCCAGCUCCAGCAGCAGCAGUAGCAGCAGUGGAAUCGGAACCAGCAUCAACGGGACGUCGAGCAGCAGCAGCAUCAGCAGCAACGCUACGGCCGUGGCCGUCGCAACUACCUCAAACGGUACCAUCACGUCGACGGGGCCGGAAACGGACAUGCUCCUGUCCGGUGGGCCUAAAUCGAAGCGGCAUCUGCAGUGUCUCUUCUGCGGAAUCGAAUUUCCCGACCAGACUCUAUACUUCCUCCACAAGGGCUGCCACAGCGAGAGCAAUCCGUGGAAAUGCAACAUUUGCGGUGAACAAAUGAGCAACGUGUACGAGUUUAACUCGCAUCUGCUCAGUAAAAGUCAUCAAUGA